GGUAGCUAGUGAGUUUCGUGUCACAAUUGGACUCUUUCUCUCCCUCCAUUUAAGGCAUGGGAGUAGUAAGAAUCAGAUUACCCAAAUUUACAACACAAUAAAAAGCUAAGGCCAAACAAGAAUAGUGGAGACCAAUACAUAGAGAUUUGUUACUUCAAAUCGAAACUCUAUUCAAAUGGAGAAAGAAAUUCUGGAUUAUGUAUUGGUACCAGUAGGGUUGCUAUUAAUGGUGGCUUAUCACAUAUGGCUUCUUAAUCGCAUUCUUAAACACCCUAAUCGUACUGUCAUCGGCAUUAAUUCCAUUAAUCGUCACUUCUGGGUUCGUGCUAUGAUGGAGGACGCGUCGAAGAAUGGGGUUCUAGCAGUACAAACGUUAAGGAACAACAUAAUGGCAUCAACCCUUUUGGCAUCUACAGCUAUUAUGCUUAGUUCUCUAAUCGCCGUCUUAAUGACUGGCGGAAGCAAAGGUCGUUCUAUCGGAUUUCAUGUUUAUGGCGAUAAGAGCGAGCUUUGUUUAUCAAUUAAAUUCUUCUCUAUUUUGGUAUGUUUUAUGGUUGCAUUUUUGUUUAAUGUGCAAUCAAUCAGGUAUUAUAGUCAUGCUAGUAUACUUAUCAAUGUGCCUUACAAGAAGUUGGAUAGUUCAAGACAUAUUGUGACGACGGAAUAUGUAGGGAGGACAGUGAAUAGAGGCAGCUAUUUCUGGUCACUUGGACUGCGCGCAUUUUAUUUUUCGUUUCCUCUAUUUUUGUGGAUCUUUGGCCCUAUUCCUAUGUUCCUUUGCUGUAUUUUCCUGGUUUUUAUGCUUUAUUUCCUGGAUGGUAGUUCGGAUUUUGGGUGGGUUGCAGCAACUGAUGGGGACACCCACCAGACUGCUUAGUAAUAGGAGGAACAGAGACUAGCAGUUUAGAUUCAAUCCAAGUUGCAUUGAACUGCUAGUGUACCUUAUAAUGGCAUAUUCAGUAAUGUGCAAUUUUAUUAUGUUCUGUGCCA